AUCUACUAAAAACCCACUUGAGAUUUCUUCUUCAUUAGCCCUGCUGUAGAGAACAACUAACUGCCCUUUGGGUCCAUCAUGGCCAUUGCUGUAUUCUAGAAAAGGGUCUGAUACAUUUGGUAUUCAAACAUUGGAAUAUUUAAGUUUAGAAUAGGAAGCUCUGGGAUCAUAUUUUUCUUAAAGUAUUAUUUGAAACGUUGUUAUCUUUUUUUUUUUGAAUCAUCAAGGCCUUGUAUGAUGAAGAAUUCAAGCUGUGUUGCAGGGUGUCUGGAUGCACAGGCACCCACGAGAGCUACUUUUGAGAGCAUCCACAGAUGGCCCCAUUCAGAAGCUGAAUUUGUGCGUGUCAUGAGGAGUAAAGAUGAUCUCAAUCCAAAGAGAAGAGCUGAAUAUGUUGAUGGUUAUUCUUGCAGACAGAUGUAUCUCAGGAGUUAUACCUUCUCUAGAAAGGAGACUGUGCCUCAAAAAACUAAGAAGUGCUUUGGAAAAGUGAAAGACAGAAUGUCCACUAUGGUUAACACCUCAAAGAAGGAUAAGAGGGCCUCACUUCUCAGGAAGAUCAGAGAUAAGAUCGUGGAGAGAUAUUGUGCUGCCAUGGCUGCCAUUUUUCACAGGCUUUUGUCAUGUACUACAAGUGUGGAAGUCAGUGAUCAAGCCCUUAAUUAUCACCACAACUGAUGGCUUCCAGAUUCUCUGGUUUUUCUUGUUUGUUGGUAGUUUUAGAAUGAAUAUUUAUUUUGUUUCCUGAAAUAAGGUUAGUUAUGGUUUCAUGUCCUACAAGGAAGGGCUUGGUGAUUAUGUGCUGUUUUUAGUUUCUUUCUUUUAAUUGACAAGUAAAGAUGUAAGCUUCUGAUUUAAGUUAUUGUAUGAUUUUUUUUUCGAUGUUUUUGAUCACAUUCUAUGAUCGAUCAUCAGAAAAAUCAGAUUACCAAAAAUUCAGAAUCUUUUAGAUUUAAUAGCGGAAGCUUAUUGAAACAAGCAGUUCUGAUA